UCUUCUCGGGCCAAGUCUCGCUCCCCGUCGGCCUCGCCGCCGGCGUCGCCGUCGUGUCCCUUAUGCUGAUCGCAACAGUCGUGACUCGACGGGAGAGAGAAGCCUCUCUGGCACCUCGGGCUCUCAAAGCUUCGCCGCGUGGGGUGGCUGUUGCGUGGCGUGGCGUGGUCAAAGGCGAUGAAGUUGACGACGAGGCUGGCGCCGCACCGGCCGUGCCCUGCUCAAGCCCGACGCAGCAAAAGGUAUGGUCGCCCACGACGAGCAUCGAGCAGACGACGAGACGGGCCGAGGCGGGCGACACCGAGGCGAUGAUGGAUCUCGGUCUCGCGUAUUACAUUGGCCUCGAUGGGGUGAGCAAGGACAUCACGCAGGCCUACAAGUGGUACCAGCGAGCUGCAGACGGCGGUUACCCCACAGGCAUGGCGCGCCGCCUCGGCUUCCUGGUGCAAGCCUCGGGCGAUGCGCCCGCGCUCGUGCCGAGCCUCUCGGGCGAUGAGGUGGAGGCGGUGGAACGAGGAGCGAGCAAAGCGGGUCGGGCGGGUGGGCCUCCGGCUGGCCCCACGGCACAGGAUUGUGCACGGGAGCGAGACGGGAAGGAGAGAGGCGGGAGGGGGGCGAACGCGCGCAUGUUUCUCCUCUGAUACCGUGAAUUCCGCGAAUGUGUCACACCGGUCACACCGGUCGCCCGGUCACACCGGUUGCAUUUGCUGAUUUAGGAGAGAUUUGAGUUGCACU